AUGCCUGGCAUUGAUCUCGAGGUCACAUGCCAUAUGCUUAAUGUAGACAGGUCGGUUAAACCUAUCAUCCAGCGAGCAAGGAGGCCGAUGUUGAUGCAUGUUGAGGCGGUUGAGGAGGAAGUGGAAAAACUGCUGGAAGCCAAAGCCAUUCGCGAGCUAAACUACCCUACUUGGCUGUCUAACACUGUGGUGGUGAAAAAGACGAAUGGGAAGUGGAGGGGAGAUUUGACAGACAGGGUAGCCAGGUGGGCAGUAGUGUUGGGCCAAUAUGACUUAGAGUUUAGGCCUAGAAAGGCAAUUAAAGGCCAGGUUCUGGCCGACUUUGUGGCCGAGUUCACACCUGGUGCCGUACCAUGUCGGGCUCCGGUAGAGAAACCAAAGCCCUGUGACAUCUACCUCGGCAACUCUUUCUACCUGUUUGUUGAUGGAAGUUCAAACCGUCAAAGAGUGGGGGCAAGAGUAGUGUUAGUAUCGCCAGAUGGGCGAAUGUUAGAGAAGUCUAUUCAUUUGGGGUUCAAGGCCUCAAACAAUGAAGCGGAAUAUGAGGCACUGAUCGCAGGGUUGAAGUUAGCAGUAACAAUGGAAGCAGACGAAGUGGUAGUCUUCUUUGACUCCCAACUUAUUGUGAACCAGGCAACAGGCGAGUAUGCAGCCCGAGACGAAAGAAUGAUAGUCUAUGUCAAAAAAGUUGUUAGGCUGCUAGCCUUGUUUCAGGAUUGCCGACUACAGUAG